AGUUCGAAGCGAUUCUGAACAAGUGCAAUCUACGGCCUUCAUUUCUUUCUUCUGCAUCAAUUUGCUGUUGAAAGCGCACGAUUUAUUUCAAGAAGAAGCGUUUAUCUGCAAAGAAAAAUGUCUCUGCUUCCGUUCCUGUUUGAUUACGAGCUCGAGCGUCCCCGCCGGUUGAUGGACCAGCAUUUCGGCUUGGCGUUGACUCCGGACGACAUCCUAAGCGCUACCGUUGGACCCUUGGUGAGCCGGGAGUACUACCGCCCGUGGCGUCAGCUAGCUACCGCUGCUCGCGAUCUCGGCUCGAGCAUCAAGGCCGACAAGGACAAGUUCCAGAUUAACUUGGACGUGCAACAUUUUUCGCCGGAGGACAUUUCUGUGAAGACCACAGACGGUUACAUAGUGAUUGAAGGCAAGCACGAAGAGAAAAAAGAUCAGCAUGGUUACAUCUCGCGUCAGUUUAAGCGUCGCUACGCGUUGCCUGAAGGCUGUACGCCCGAGACGGUGGAGUCACGCCUUUCGUCCGAUGGUGUGCUAUCGGUGACUGCUCCGAGAGUCGUGCCUCCAGAGAUCCAGGGUGAACGCAAGGUACCGAUCGCGCAAACCGGCCCCGUUCGCAAGGAACUGAAGGAGAACGCCAAUGGAGAUAAUACUAACAAGUAAUUUCUUUUUAAUUUGGUGAUAUUCGUAUCUCAUUCCUAUAGGAAAGACUGAUUGUUUAAGUUCUAAUAAAUAAGAUUUGUUAAUUUA